CCAGAAAAAAAUUGAGUUCUAGCUACACGAAUGAACAAUUAAGCUAACACGUUGUGCUUAUUUGUUUUGUUUUUUAACCCCUGGCAGACAAAUUAAUUUAUCCAUAUGUAGAAGCCGCCGUGAAGUUGUCGGCCUUUAAAUUCAUACAUUCACAACAAGCUGCUGUCGGGGUUUGCAGGCAAACUGCCUGUAGCUAAGCGACAACAAAGAGACUACAGCUGUACGCUGUAGUCAUACUGUUAGCGUUGGUGCCAAAAUCCUUCAUUUUUUCCUUCGUUUUCCGUCAAGUAGUCAGACUGACAUGACGGGGAUGGCUUCUCCAGAGAAGGCGUCAAGCUCAAAAAAGAAGGGCGAGAGAAAGUGUGCCACCAAAGAGGAGUACAGGCAACUGUCCAGCAUCAUGGGAGUCAUGAACAAUUUGAGAAAACAGGGUACUCUCUGUGAUGUGACCCUGGUGGUUCAGGGAAAGCACUUCCCAGCCCACCGAGUGGUGCUUGCUGCUGCCAGCCACUUCUUUAGCCUCAUGUUCACCACCAGAAUGAUGGAGUCAAUGUCCCAUGAGGUGGAGCUCAGGAGUGCUGAGCCUGAGAUUAUUGAGCUGCUGAUUGAAUUUAUCUACACUGCAAGAAUCUCCGUGAACAGCAGUAAUGUCCAGUCACUGCUGGAUGCAGCCAAUCAGUAUCAGAUUGAACCUGUGAAGAGGAUGUGUGUGGAAUUCCUUAAAGGACAGAUUGAUGCAACAAACUGCCUAGGCAUUUCAGCCCUUGCAGACUGCAUGGACUGUCCAGAGCUGAAGGUGGCUGCAGAUGAUUUUUUUCAGAUUCACUUCACUGAAGUCUAUAAAUUGGAUGAAUUUCUGCAACUGGAUGUUGCGCAGCUCACACAUCUGCUGCACCAGGACAAACUCACCGUCCGUGCUGAGGCCCAGAUUUAUGAUGCUGCAGUGCGCUGGCUGAAGUAUGAUGUGUGUAACAGAAAGCAGUACAUGGUGGAGGUGUUGGGGUGUGUUCGCUUUCCACUGGUUUCCAAAACAUUCCUCUCCAAGACUGUCCAGGCCGAGCCCCUCAUCCAGGACAAUCCACAGUGCCUCAAGAUGGUCAUCGGUGGGAUGCGUUACCACUUGCUCUCCCUGGAAGACCGUGAAGACCUGGGAGAGAGCAGUCGGCCACGACGCAAGAAGCACGACUACCGCAUUGCUCUGUUUGGCGGCUCACAGCCUCAGUCCUGCCGCUACUUUAACCCGAAGGACUCUAGCUGGACUGACAUCCGCUGCCCCUUUGAAAAGCGCCGUGACGCCACAGCUAUCUUCUGGGACAAUGUGGUUUACAUUUUGGGUGGCUCACAGCUCUUUCCCAUCAAGCGUAUGGACUGCUACAACGUCCUGAAGGACAGCUGGUACUCCAAGCUGGGUCCACCCACACCUCGCGACAGUCUGGCUGCCUGCGCUGCCCAGGGAAAGAUCUAUACAUCUGGGGGAUCAGAAGUAGGCAGCUCAGCCCUGGACCUUUUCGAAUGCUACGACACCAGGACAGAGUCAUGGCAGAUUAAAACAAGUAUGCUGAUGGCGCGCUGCAGCCAUGGAUCCGUGGAGGCCAACGGGCUCAUUUAUGUUUGUGGAGGAACGGUGGGGAACAAUGUCUCUGGCAGAGUGCUCAACAACUGUGAGGUCUACGACCCCAACACGCAACAAUGGAGGGAGUUAUGUGGGAUGAGAGAGGCCAGGAAGAACCACGGACUGGUGGUUGUAAACAACAGGAUAUAUGCUGUUGGAGGGCAGGGAGCAAUAGGUGGACUGGACUCGGUUGAAUACUAUGAUAUUGCAACUAACGAGUGGCGUGGCGCUUCACCUAUGCCGUGGCGAGGUGUAACUGUGAAGUGUGCGGCAGUUGGUGAUAUCAUCUAUGUGCUGGCAGGAUUCCAAGGAGUGGGACGCCUUGGACACGCCCUGGAAUACCACACUGAUACUGACAGGUGGGUGACUUGCAACAAGGUGCGAGCGUUUCCCGUCACAAGCUGCCUGAUUUGUGUGGUCGACACCUGCGGAGUCAACGAAGACGAAGACAUGGACCUCAUAGACUCUCAGCCACAUGCUGCAGCCACUGCCGCAUCAUCUUCCUCAGCCUCAUCAUCCUCAUAGCAGUAGAGGUAGUUUAAGCGUACUCGUAUAUUGAGUUGUGAUGCUUGUCGACAGUUCUGACAGCCAGUCAACUGAUUUCUGUGGGCUUGUUUUUCAGAAAGGAGCUCAUAGUAAGGGUUAGGCUGUAAAGUGGUUAUGUUCUUUAACCAGUGAAGUAGGCAGUUUCCUUUUGGCUACUCCAAAAUUUUAUGUCCUAAUUCUUUGGGCUGGACACUAGUUUCAUCUAUCCAUUCUCUGGAUAGGUAGUAGGAUUUAAAAUUUGGGAUUUAGAUAUUCAUCUGAAGGCCUGUUAAAAAGCCUGCCAACAACUCUACUGCUGUCACACUGUUGACCUGUCUCUACCUACUGCUCAGUGAAUGGCAGCAACAGUGAGAGAGCAGCAGGACUCGGUGAUGAGCUGUGGGUAGUUUUUGUUUGCAUCUUGUUGCCCAGACAGGCUCUGUGUUCUGGAUGAGAGAAAUGUUGCUUCUAACUUUGGUCUUUGAAUGUUUUAAUUGACAUAUAAACGUAGCUGAAAUACGUGGGUUUAUGUAAGGUCAUUUUUGUUUGAUGUUGUAUGGAUGGAUGGAUCCAGUAAUUCAUUGGACAAACUGUAACCGUGCCUCCGUACAUAACUCCAGUAUUUUUUGAAUUAGACAAUCAAGAUGAUCAGACUGGCAGCUAUAAUUCAGAGGGGUUUACAUUUUCAUACAUUGGAGCCUCUGAAAAUGGCAGCCUAAGUAAUUAACGUCUUUUAGUGAUGCUUUUUCAGGUGUGACAGCAGCAACAAAUGCUAGUUACCGUAAAUGGCAGAUGGCAGAAACUUUAGGAGUAAAGUUUCUGCCAUCUCUCUGAUAGGUGUAUUUUGGUGUUUCUGGAUACUUCACUAGUAUGAACAUCUCUUUGGGCCUCAUUAUGUAAAAACAGUGAAGAGUUAUAAAAUACAAAUGUUGAGACUUUGAAUCAACUUUAGAUAUAAUGACUGUGUCACAUGUCAUGAAAUUGAAAUGGAACAGGGCUCAUCUAGUGAUGAAACUAGAUGAUCGCCAAUUGUCCAAUUACUUUUUGAACCUCUAAAAAAAUGGGGGACUGCGCAAAAAAAAAAAAAAAUGCAAUACCAAAACAGUUAAUGCAAACUUUUUGUUAAACCCCCUGAAUUAAACCUGAAGGCUUGAGCCUCAGUCACAUCUUGAUUAUUUGAUUUAUGUGGUGGUAGUGGUGUGCAGGAGCAAAAGUACAUAAAUUGUUUCUUUAUCCAACAAAUUAUGGACCUAACUGUAAUUUUAAACACUUUUCUUUCUUUUUCAGUGCUCAGAAAAUAGCAUUUGAGGGACAUGUGCAAAUUUUCAAGGGCCAGCGGGAAGUUUUCCCAAAUUCAUCGAAAAAAAAAGUUCUUAUGCUUUUUAAUGUUUUUCUUAGUUUAUGUGGUUUACUCUGUUCGCUUAUCUUUUUAUCACUUCUGUAGUUUGUCUGCUUACAGGAAGGUCCUGUCAAUUCAAACCCAGGACCUUCUUGCUGUGAGGGGACAGUGCUAGCCAUUGAACUGCUGUGUGAGCAUUUCAUAUUGUAUAUUCACAUGUCAUUUUCUUGUUACGAUGUAACUUUUUUGCUGUUUGAAUUUAAUGUGUGUAAAUCAGUUUGUGAAAGAAAAACCAGUCAAAUAUUGGCUGGGUUUAUAUUUUAUUUUAUUUGGUUUGGUCCUUAUACAAAACACUGUAAAAUUAGAUUUUUUUAUAGGCUGUAAAAUAUUCUGUGUCAAAGUGUAGAUACAGCAUCUGUAAGUACUUAACUCUUGGCUGUGUGCUGAUUUAACACUAGUGUAGCAUCUUACUGUUCAGUAGCUUUGUGUUGUGCCUUUAAAGAGAAAGCGUUAACAUUUUAUUCUUAGCUAUAAGCAGUUACAAUUAAAACACAUAGCUCAAUGUGAUGGUUUACAAAACACGUUUCCAUUCCUUUUCAAAUACAAAUAUGAUUAAAAAUAUAAGAGCACCAAGUUAGUAAAACAUAAGGCAGCUGCAAUGAAAUGAAGAAAAUGUAAGAUUUUAUAAAAUGCUCCAGACUUUUUCAUUAGCUGCCAUACAACUUUCUGCUCAUGUUACUGACAACUGUUUAAAUGUUGUGCUCGAAUAUGUAAAUAAAACUGGGAAGCUGAAAA